UUAUUAUUAUUAUUAAAAAACUUUCAAUUUCAAAACCAAAUUGACGGCUAAUUCACAACAAUCAUAACUGCAACCACCAUAGUAGUCUUCUUGAGAAACCCUCCCUUUAAUCCGUUCCUUUUUUUUUUCCCUCCUCAAAUUCUAAAGGGAUUAAGUUAAAGAUGUGGACGGAUCUACUUUUGCAAGCCGCUAUAAUUCUCGUUACGAUCUUUAUGUUCCUUGCUAUGCACGAUAUUCCCAAAAAGAUCUUCACCAAAAUCCGUUACCGGAAUCGAGCCGACUUCCAGGCGAAGCGUCACUUCGUCCUCGGAGCCCAGCUCUUGGCUCAAGCCAGAUCCUCCAAGUCUCGUUCAUCCACCGCCUCUUUAGCCAAACAAGCCGAAGCCGAAGCCGACAAAGCCAUUUCUCUAGACCGGAAAGACGCCGCCGCUUACAUCCUCAAAGCCCUAGCCCUUGAUCUCCAGGGCUUCAAGACCUCCGCUCUCGACUCCCUCGACGUCGCUCUCUCCCCUAUUGCUGCCAAGUCGUUGACUGAUAAAGAACGAGGCGACGCGCUGUUUAAACGGGCCGAGUUGAAGAUGAGCAUGAAUCGGCGCGGCGGCCGCGUCGACUCAGCUAUUGACGAUUUGACCAAGGCUCUAGAAUUGAUCGGAGAUAACGCCAAGGCUUUUUGUCUGUUGGGAGAAUGUUAUGAAAUGAAGAAGAUGAAAUCGGAAGCUAAAUCGGCAUUCGAGAAAGCUCUUAAGGUCGAGCCUACCUCAAUCGUCGCUUGCACCGCCAUUGAUCGACUCGGCUCGUAGUCAGGUCCUUUAUUUUCUUCACCACCUUGUUCUCGACGCCGUCGUUUCAGAUUUUCUUUUCCUGUAUCAUUUUGUUGUGUAUUUCACUAUUUCGAUGUUUUUAGAACAUUCUCAAUUCAAUGAAUUUGCCGCUAUUUUAAUAAAAAUAAA